UACUCACAUUAGCGAAGCGUAAUCAUUGUCGGAGGGAGAACAUGCAUUACCGAAACAGAUAGUCAUCGUUCGAGCGUGCUCAAUCCAAAACGCGCUGGUUUCGUGAUUUCCAAAUCUACGGCGUGGAUGAAAAUGACCGAUUUGACAGAUUGUUUGACCAAAGAGGGCUGGUACCUCAGUGACGAAGGCAUAGCAGAGCUGAAAGGGUCCGCUGAGAAGAUAACACACAAUGACAUUAUUCGUAUUGCACUUGACCGCGACCUCAGGCCUAUUGGGAGAAAAAUCCUACCGUCUGAUAUCAAUAGUGGACGAACUGAGAAGUUGGAAGGUCCGUGUGUUCUUCAGGUGCAGAAGGUGAGGAACGUCUCGGCUCCCAAAGACCAUGAGGAGUCUCAGGGCGCGCCGCGGAUGCUGCGCCUUCAAAUGACAGAUGGGCAUACCACCUGCGUAGGAUUGGAGUUUCAACACCUCUCUGAAAUCAGUCUUAAUACACCCCCAGGAACAAAGGUAAAGCUCCUUGGUACAGUCCUGGUGAAAAAUGGUCUUUUGCUGCUCGAUGACUCAAAAAUCUCCGUCCUUGGAGGAGAGGUUGAUCACAUGGUGGAGAAAUGGGAACUACAAAGGAGUCUGGCCAAACACAGCAGGAGUAACAUUGGAGCAGAAGGUGGACCUCCUCCCUUUGUGCCAUUUGGUCAGAAGUGUGAGAGGAAGGAGGAAGUAGACAGCAAGGAUCUAGACCAGAGGAAGACCCUGCGGGCUCAGAAUGUGGUCAAAAGUCCUGAUGAGAAUGAUGAGUUUGAAAAGCAGCGGACAGCAGCUAUUGCUGAGAUAGCCAAGACCAAAGAGGCUCCGAGGACAUUUGGUGGUGGAGGAAAUGCAGGCAGUAAUUUAUCCAGUGGCACUUCCUCCUUUCGAAGCCGAGACUCGUACCAGCAGAGGAGACUGGAAGACUGGGUCGAAAGACCUGAAAGCAGAGAAGAUGGGAACUACCGGGAGCUGGUGGAUGAGCGUGCUCUGAGAGACAUCAUGGAGAUGGGCUUUAACAGGGAGGCGGCUCGACAGGCUCUGAUGGAUAACAACAACAACCUUGAAGUGGCACUAAACAGCCUCCUGACUGGAGCUUCUGCUAUUAGACCCGACCCUGUGGUAGCUGAAUCCAUCAAGCCCCCACUCAGAGCAAGAGGAAGGGGAAGAGGGCGGUCCAGAAAUGAAGAUGAGGAGGAGGGAGCAGGUGGGAGGCCGUCUGGACCAAGCACUCUUUUCGACUUUCUAGAAUCUAAGAUGGGAGUUUUCUCCAUUGAUGAGCAAAAGAGCCCUGGACCUCAGAGACACCAUGAGAGUAAAGGGAAUUUCUCCAACUCAGAUUAUUACUCCAAAGAUGCACCUCAGACCAAGUUCUCCUCACAUAAUGACCACAGGCAACAAAGGAAUGACCGACCACCCCGCUUCCACAGGGACUUUGAUUUUCCAAAACCUGGCCAGGAGCCUCACUCUGACUCAACUCAAGCCCAGCAGUGGAAGGGCCAGGAGAGAUGUUCACGAGGCACGUCGGACAGAUCGCAAAAUGACAAGAGAGACACGAGAGACGAGCCCAUUUUUACUUCAACCUUCUUGACUACCUUCGCACAUUCCAAAGAACCCACGCAGCAGAUGGAGUUUAGUGCAUCUCACCAGCAGCGAUCCAGAAAUGGAGAUGGAGGCAGUCGGAACACGGCGGGGCCGUCGAACAGGAGAGGACCUAAAGACGGCGUACCCACGUCUAAAACCCCGGAUUGUGCAGGCAGCGAGCCCGAUGGCAGGGGGAGUAGUAAGCGCACGGACAGAAUUGAAGAACCAAACAACAACAACAGCAGGAGGAAGGGGAAGACUGACCGGCCAAACUCGGACCACCCUGACCGACAAAGGGAUAGUGGGACGCCAAACUUCAACCCGAGGGGAGGAAGAUCAGGGACACCCCAAGAAAUGGGCUUAUUGCGGGAUCUUCGAAUGGCGACGGGGGAUCCCUCUCUUUUCCAAAAUGGAGAUAUGGAGCACAAACGGACUGGGCCGAUCAAGCCAACACACUCACAGUGUGCCCCUUGCAGGGAGCCGCCCCCCAAGAAAAACCCCUCCAGUAACCCAGGACCCAAAAGGAGGUCGGGACAAGGCAAAGGUCAAGGGCCGCGAGGACCGGAGAAAAGUCAUUUUGUGGAACAAGCUUGGAAACCAGGAGACCAGUGCCUGGCACUGUACUGGGAAGACGGCAAGUUCUACAAUGCCAGAAUAGAUGCUGUGCAUCCAUCAGGCUCGACGGCUGUGGUUGUAUUCAGUGAUUAUGGAAACUGCGAAGAGGUCCUGCUGCACAACAUCAAGCCCGCUCAUGUUUUGGAGGAAGAUGAUGGUUACUACGACAGUUCAUUAGAGUUUUGCCGUGGCGGAGACGGACAGCCCCGACCGACCAGACCCACACAGCAGUAUUACCAGCCUCCUAGGGCACGAGACGAGAUUGAUGUGCCUGCGUUUACAAUGGCAGGUAAAUAGAUAUGAACUUGUGUUUUUUGUUUUGUUCUCAUUUAAUAAUUAGACGUCAAACAUUGUGUGAAGAAUCCUCCUAUUUUUAUAUGGCAGCUUUUUAUGCACAUUACUUUUCAUUGUAGUGGGAGUCUUGACUUGUAUAAUAAAAAAAGGAAGUUCAUGCUCUCAUUUCUAUGUAAAAAAUUAUUCUUCACAUAAUUGAAAAAUUUCCACUUUGGCUGCUUCUGUUGGUACAAUGCAUUGUGUAAAAACUAUUUCUCAAGUUCUGCAGCUGUUUUGAUCUUAAAAGAGUCCUAAAGGCAAACCUGGUUAAUUCUUUUUGUAAUUUUAUGUAUUGAUUCUUCACCCAUCUGUGUGCUCGUCCCACAUCCUUCCAUGACAGAUUUUGUCACUUUCUGCAAUAAUCCAGAAUGCUUCCUGAAUUAGUCAUGGUCCAUGUAGCCAGGACAUACACAACUUUUCAAAGGGCUUGGACAUAAUGCUUAUAUGUAAUGGAAAAACUGAUAUGAGCACCUGUUGAUUUUAGUUCAGGACAUAUCUACUGUACAUGUUGUGAAGCGUUGUUUAAAUGAAUGCAUUAAAAUAAAAAAAGAUGAUUGUAUGUAGUGGA